UUGGUGGAUGGGGGUGUCGAUCAUAUGCCUUGCGGCCGUUCUGCGCAGGAGUUGCUGGUUUUCUGCCGGUUUGGGUUGGGUGCGUGGAGAUCGGUCGCCGGUUUCCGACAUGGACCGCGGUGGCCCUACAGGCUUCAGGCAGCGUAAGUUACCUACCAAGGUGAGAGCGAGGGUCCCAGGGCAGCCCAGUCACCUCUUUGAAGACACCAGUGGAAAUAUGGAUGUUCCGCCGUUUGAAUCUGGAUACGAGGGGCCCUCUUCGAGCUUCGGCCUGACAAGACCCGGUAUCCUCAGUGACCCCAUGGUGUCUGACCUGGCGAUGGCUUACGGGAGCAGUUUGGCCAGUCAGGGGAAGGACAUUAUGGAUAAAAAUAUUGAUCGAUUUAUUCCAGUGAGCAGAUUGAAGUAUUACUUUGCUGUGGAUACUGUUUACGUUGGAAAGAAACUGGGUCUCCUCAUCUUUCCGUACAUGCACCAGAACUGGGAGGUGCAAUAUCAACAAGACACCCCUGUGGCUCCCCGGGUUGAGGUAAACGCUCCGGACUUGUAUAUUCCAGCAAUGGCAUUCAUCACGUAUUUACUGGUGGCUGGGUUUGCUCUUGGGACACAAAGCAGGUUCUCUCCAGAGGUUCUGGGGAUGCUGGCCAGCACCGCAUUAAUCUGGUUGGUCAUUGAAGUGCUUGCUAUCUUGCUCAGUCUCUAUCUUGUCACAGUGAACACGGAUUUAACCACCAUUGACCUUGUUGCCUUUGCGGGAUACAAAUACGUUGGGAUGAUAGCUGGAGUCAUUUCUGGGUUGAUUUUUGGAAGAAUGGGAUACUACAUUUCUUUGGGAUGGUGCUGCAUCUCGGUAGUGGUCUUCAUGAUUCGAACUUUGAGGCUGAAGAUCCUAUCGGAAGCUGCAGCUGAGGGAGUUCUAGUCCGGGGCACCAGGAAUCAGCUGAGGAUGUACCUGACCAUGGCCAUUGCUGCAGUGCAGCCGUUCUUCAUGUAUUGGCUCACCUAUCACUUGGUCAGAUAGGACAUCGAGAGACCAUCCUGCUGUCCCUGGGGUGGGGCUUCACUGAUCCCCCAAGAUGCUGGGGAUUGGAGAAUGUAAACAAGUCUGUCACUCUGGGUGGGUGGAGCAAGACUUGGCUGCCUUCCCAAAUAGACUGCUGGGGGUGGG